GCUCAAGCUGGCGUCCAUGCCGUCCAAGCCCAAAUCCCCCCAUCGUUCCAAUUCUUUUCUGCAGUUCUAGCUUCUAGCUGCGGACCCUGGCAAACAAAACCCACAAGAUCGCGUGCUCUACUUGUAGCCUGAGAAAUGGAAGGAGACGACAUCUUCGCGACCAUGGAUUCCCUGUGGUUCUACUCCAGCGUCCUCCUCCAGCCGCCUUCCAAGCACAAGCAGAGAGAGUGCGCAGAGGAGCUGCAGCCCACACAGCAGCAGGAUUCAGCAGAGACGACCAGCGGUAGCUCUGGCCAGGCUCCCAACGGCGUCAAGGAGGCAGCGGUGGCAACGGAGCGCAGAGCGGCGGCGGCAACGGCGGAGCCCAGAGCGGCUGCGAGGUGCCUCAGGGACAGGGAGUGGGAUGAGCGCAUGGUUGCUUGGCAGAAGGAGCAGAGGCGGCGGACGCGCGUCGCUGCGGCGGCCCGGUGCUCGCAGGCGCGGAUGCCGCCGCCCGGGGAAGGCGUGGCCAUGAAGGCGCACCUCAGGUCCUGGGCUCACGCUGUCGCGUGCUCCGUCAGAUAAGCACUCUCGAUUCAGAAUCUUUGCGUUGCAGUGCUGGCGCUUGUCUGUCGAAUGCAACAC